AUGGGAGACGUUAGGAGUAAAACUGAUUUAGGGGAUUGCCGAUUUUAUGAAAAAAAAUUCCCCGAAGUUGAUGAUUUAAUAAUGGUUAAAGUUAAUAGGAUUGAGGAUAUGGGUGCUUAUGUUUCCAUACUUGAAUAUAAUGAUAUGGAAGGUAUGAUUUUAAUGUCAGAACUUUCAAAGAGACGAUUUAGAAGUGUUAAUAAAUUAAUUAGAGUAGGUCGACAUGAAGUAGUUUUAGUUCUUCGAGUUGAUAACCAAAAGGGAUACAUUGAUUUAUCAAAGAGAAGGGUAUCUCCAAAAGAUAUUAUAAAAUGUGAAGACCAUUUUUCUAAAUCGAAAAAAGUUCAUCAAACUGUUAGGCAUGUUGCACAAAAACAUAAUAUGACUGUUGAAGAAUUAAACAGAAAAGUUAUAUGGCCAUUAUAUAAAAAAUAUGGACAUGCAUUAGAUGCAUUAAAAGAAGCAACUAUGAACCCAGAUGUUAUAUUCAAAGAAAUGGAUAUAAGUGAUGCUGUAAAAGAAUCAUUACUUGCAGAUAUAAAACUCAGAUUAACACCACAAGCAUUGAAAUUGAGAGGAAGAAUAGAUGUUUGGUGUUUUGGAUAUGAAGGUAUUGAUGCUGUUAAAGAAGCUUUAAAAAAAGGAAAAGAAAUUUCAAAUAAUGAAGUAACUAUUAAUAUUAAAUUAAUUGCACCCCCUCAGUAUGUUAUAGUAACAUCAUGUCAUGAUAAAGAAUUAGGAAUGCAAAAAAUACAAGAAGCAAUGAAAGUUAUUAGUGAUAAAAUUAAAGAAUAUAAAGGUGGAGAUUUUAAGCAACAAGGAGAAAUAUUAGUUAUAGGAGGUGACGAUGAAAAACGAUUAGAAGAAUUACUUGAUAAACAUGAUGAUUUAUCUAGCGAUGAUGACUAUAGUAGUGACGGAGAUGAAGAUGACUCAAGUGAUGAGGAUAAUUCAAGCGACGAAGAUGAUGAUUAA